AUGGCGGAUGAUGAGCCAGGUGGAUCACCACAGCGACGCGGCAAAGGAGGCGGCCUGCAUCAGAAUUACAGAGACUCGGAUGGAAGUCAUAGUCCGACCUCUGCGGUGACGAGUGCAAGGCCUUCGCCGCUUCAGAGCCGCCGAGGUACACUAGACAGUGUUGAGUUGGUCGAACGGUACCAUUUCGCGAAGAACCCCUAUCGGAAUAGUGGCUCACACUCACCGAGCCUUCAUGAGCCACGGCGUCGUCUGUCGAGCUUUGGUGCGCAACGACGUGUCUUCCUCGAUCUACUACGUCGACAUGGCAGUAAGCUAUCACUCAGUAGAAAGUGCUCCGAGGUGUCAACGAAGACGGAAGACCUCACCCGAGAACACCGACGGCAGCAACGUGACAGGGACCUCGCAAAGAAUCAUCUCGGGAUUGCCCUGUCAGCCCUUUAUGCAAAGUUAUUGAUCAUCCUUGGUGUGACACUGCCAGUGACAGAGCUUGUGGCACGUGGCGCACCUGCUAACUUUCACCAAGGGUUCUACCUGUACUUAUACGGCGUCAGUAUCGCGUUCUGCACGUUCCUGUAUGCAGCGCGGUACCGACGUCGAGCUCAGAUGGAUUUUCUAUCACAGUGUCCUGAACAGUCCGGCAAGUCUGGUCAUGGUGUCGGUUUGCACGGUGGAUCGUUCUACCUCCGCAUCGGAGCAAUAGCGUUUGGAAUAGGUAGUCUCGUGUACUCAGCACUUGAUUUCGGGCAGUACUUCGAGCUGGAUGCUAACACCGAAGGGUGUCGAAAUGUCCUGAUCGCGCUGAUGCCCACCAUUCGGAUGGUGCUCUGUCUGGUCCAGAUGCAGUUCAUCAUUGUGAGUGGACGUGAUUUCGGGCUCGAAAAGCACGCGUUCGUGUCCCGAUUUGGACUCAUGCACAUGAUCGCCACCAACGUGUGUGAGUGGCUGUACGUGUUGGUAGAGGAGGCCAAACAAGAGAUCGUGUAUAUCAACCACGGACAAUCGACAAACCGGACCGACCUCCAGUCAGCAGGAUCAAAGCACGGGGAGCUCGCGGCUGCAUCCUCUGCCUGCCGUACUACUAACAUCAUGGGCACGUUAGUACACGACGUGGCUCCAUUUCUGUUCCCGUGCACCAUCGAGUACUCGCUGAUUUGUGCUCUUACGAUGUAUCAGCUCUGGGUCGCGUUAAAUCGUAAUAGUGAUGUGACGCGACCUCGACCUACUCCACCCGAGAAAGGUCUCACAGGACGUCCUGCGAAUCGACUCUCAAUCGACUGCUCAAGCGCCCAACGAGGUCUGUUCGCUGGAAUCGUCACAUUGGUGUUGACUUUACUGGUCCUCAUCAUGUAUUUCGUACUACGCCGCGAGCGAAGCCUUCGUCAUGCAGCUACCCUUGAGAUUGUGAUGUACGAGCUCGUCCUAUACGCCGGGACGUUAGCAGGAGUAAUCGCCGCCAUGACCAAGAUGCGAGAUCUCCGAGUUGUGACGCAUCGUACGGGCAGACCUCCACCACUGCCCAUCGAUUGCCACCUGCUGCUCGUCACCCAAACCGGCAUCUACCUGUACGGGGUGUUCUCCAUCAUUGGCACCUACCACACGCAUGGUCAACUGCUGCACUGGGCCGUUAUCUCCGAGGUGGCAGGACUUGCUCAGACCUCACUACAGACGCUGUUCGUCGUGAGUAGUUGGUGGCGUCGAUGUAAGGGAGCCCGCCAAAACCGGACAAAGCCAGGUCGUGAGAUUGUCACGUUCCUGUUGGUGGCCAACCUGGCCGCUUGGAUGGUGAACGCUCUCGUUAAGAGUAGCGCCAGCUUCCGGCCGCUUAUCAUGGGAUUCUACGGUGUAGGGGCGUGGGCGAUCAUCGCUCACGUAUCGAUGCCACUCGCCAUCUUCUACCGGUUCCAUUCGACCAUCUGCCUGUUUGAGAUCUGGAAGAACACCUACAAGGCGCGGUACAACGAGGCAAGCUAGCAGAUCGUGCGAGCGAGAGCCCGAGGAACUCGCAGCUAGGUGUCAAGUGUGCUGUCACAGGCGCAGUUAAGUGCAAAUAUUACGCCGUACCCGCAACC